AUGUAUCGAAGCUUUAGCACUAUAUAUUUCUUAGCAAGAAAUACUUUUUCUUCUCUGGGCGUCCUGGAGCGUCGUCGUCGUCCUGUUACUUACAUCAAACAUGACGAUCGUGGAACGAGAAUGGUUCGUAAUUUGAAACGGCGAAAUACCUCCGACUUGGUGACCAAUGAUUGGCAGUCAUUACCGGUGGGCUGGCGUAAUGUGCGUAAGGCAUGUGACAUUUUGGUACGAAGGGAAGAUGACGAUACUUGCGAUGGUAAUGGCUACGGUUCAUCGGGCAAAACUCGCCGUGAGAGGAGCUCGGUGGAUGAGGUGUGGAAGCAUGAUUUGUUUGAUGAAGCAGAAUGA